AUGCCAGGACUUGUAUCCCAAACAAAACGAACGAGGGAAUGGUCAUUGGGGCUCUUCUUUCUCUGUUGCGUGGUGGUGCUCUGGGUUUUGUCCUCUUUUCUACUUAAUAAUCUGUUUGAAGAGAAAGUAUAUUCGAAACCGUUUAUCAUUACCUGGUUUAAUACUGCGUCUUUCUCUCUCUAUUUGGUGCCGUGCUAUUUCAGGUACUGGAAACCUUCUCCCAUGGAGGGGAAUCACGAUAAUCUGGUUCCCGAAACCUCUAUAGGCAUCAACAAUUAUGGAAUUGAACCACUGCCUGAAAUUAUUGAAGAAUCGGAUGACAAGCUGCAUCCUUUGACCAUCUCGGAAACUUUGAAAUUGUCCUUUUGCUUUUGUAUUCUUUGGCUAAUGUCAAACUUGCUAAACAAUGCGUCGUUGGUUUACACUUCAGUGUCUUCCCAGACAAUCCUUUCCUCAACUUCUUCGUUCUUUACCAUGUUAGUAGGUUACUUGGUUAACCAGGAAACAUUCAACAAGACCAAAAUAAUAUCCCUUGUGGGGUUGCUGGUAGGUGUCAUAUGCGUUACCUUGAAUGAUAAACCCCAAACUGCCGAUGUCACCCCAUUCCAAACAAUAUUAAUUGGUGAUGUGCUGGCUUUGUUAGGUGCUCUAUGUUAUGGUAUUUAUUCUAUAUUGCUCAAAUUAAAAGUGAAAGACGAUUCACGAAUGGACAUGAAACUAUUUUUUGGCUUCGUUGGUGUGUUCAAUACAGUACUACUCUGGCCUUCGCUGUUGUUUGUUCACUAUACAGGUAUAGAGAGGUUUCAACUACCGCCUUCUAGAAACGUGUGGUAUGUCUUACUCUUUAACUGCGCUAUUUCAUUUUUAGCCGAUUUCCUUUGGGCAAGAGCAAUGCUUCUAACUUCUCCAUUGACAGUCACUGUGGGAUUGUGUUUGACCAUACCCUUGGCUCUAAUGUGCGAUAUCAUUUUCAAAUUUAAAUUCAAUUCUCCAAUAUACUUCUUUGGUGCUUUCUUGGUCUGCUUUUCAUUUUACUGGAUAAAUAAACACGAAAAAUUAGACUCUGAAAACAGUUAA